CUCAUCACUAAUGAAAAUGUUUUGCACAUCACCAGAAGAGUAAAUAAAAAACUAUUAAUGUAAAAAAGAAAACAACGAAAAGAAAUAGUGCGCCACAGUUGAAAAAAAUGGAAGCUGCUUCCACUGGAAAGCCUAAAAUUUAUGGAGCAGGGUUUCGAGAAGAAUGGAAAGAAAAGUUUCCGUGGCUAUCAAAUGAUAAAUCAAAUGGCAAAAAGUGUACCAUAUUCAACAUCAGUAUUGUAGGAGGAUUGAGCCACAUACAGCGACAUGCAAGCCGAGAAUGUCAUAUCAAAAAGUUGCAAAUUGCCAAGAACACACCAAAAAUUAAUACAUUUUUAGAAAGCACACGUUUUGUCAACAAUGAUCUUGCAAAAAAGUUAGAAAUAAUAUUAGAACACAAUUUGCCAUUUACUAUACUAGAUCAUUUAAAUAACAUUAUAAAAGACGGUAUUACAGAUUCACAAAUAACAUAAAAGUUUUAACUUAAUCGCCAUAAAGCACAAAUUAUUAUUACAUAUGUAAUUGGUCCGGAAAACACCACAGGAAUAAGUAAUUUUUGUCAUCAUAAUUAUUUUUCAAUUAUCAUGGAUGAAAGUAAUGAUUGUACAGUGUCAAAGAAUUUGUCAAUAAUAGUAAGAACUUGUAGAGAUAGAUUUUUGUCACUAGAAUAUUUG